UGGAUGAGAGAAGGUGCGGAGGUUGACAAGUCUUGUGAUGGUCAACUGUGGCCAGUGAUCAUCUUGUUAUCCUGCAUUUGUCAAUUUACAGGGAAAGGAGAUGGCAUGAUAUCUUCAACAUUUGAUGGACUUUUCGUGAGAGGAAGAGGCUUCAAUUGAACUUUUAUUGAACUUAUAGAUGCAUUGUGAAUUUUGAUGUUGCUCCUGCCUCGUCUUUCAGUCAUUGGAUACGCCAGUGAUAAAUUCUUCAAAGCUAUUGUAUAUUUUAAGGACUUCCAAGUGGAGAAAAUGUUUUUCUGGUCAAAAAAAUUGACAGUUUGUCUCCUGGUGCUUCUGUUCGUCUGCGCUGCCUCUUUUGACGUUGGAUCGCUGGACUCCGGCGGUGAGUCGGGGUCAGGGGCGCUGCCAUCAGAGGAGGUGAACAUUCUGCAGCAGCUGUCGCUGCAGGUGAGCAACAGCAGCAACGCGUCCAUGACUGUGGAGGGACGCAGGUGUGUGGUUCUGCAGGUGGGGCAGUACUCCACCCUGGCACUGCCCCUACGCCAGCUCUUCACCGAAGGGUUUGCAGAUGAGUUCAGCCUGCUGCUGCAGCUGCGGAGCUCCCAGACAGACGAGCGCAGCGUGAUGACACUAGUCAGCCCAGAGAGCCACAUCCUGCUGCAGAUCCGCAUCAGUCCCUACACCCUCACCUUCAUAAGCACCCAGCAGCGCCACUACGAGUUCCCAGUGGGCGGGCUGUCGGACGGGGCGUGGCACAGCGUGGCGCUGAGCGUGGCGGCCCGCGGCCUGGCUCUGUACGUGGACUGCGCCCUGGUGGAGGAGGUGGGCUGGGGGUACGGGGGCAUGGACUUUACCCCCGACGGGCUGCUGCUGCUGGGGGGCAUCCUGGAGGGCUUCGAGACACCUUUCCAGGGCCACCUCAGACAGCUGCUGUUCCUGAUGGGCGACCCCGGGGCGGCCCGACAUCACUGCACUCUGCAUCAGCCCCAGUGUGGGGGGGCCCCCAAACCCCACCGCUCCCCCCGGACCCACGCCGCCCUGGAGGACCUGCUCCUCUCCUCUAACGACCUGGAGGACCUGCUGCAGAAACAGCCCCCCCUGCUGGGCGCUGACAGGGCUGAUGUGUUUCCACGCAGUGGAGGUCACCGUGGAGACGGGACGGUUCCCUCUGGGCGCCGCGAGAAAGGUUCCCUGGGACGGGGGGACGUCUUCGUGGUGGACGAGGACACAGACUUGGCCGACCCCUUCUUCCAGGGGGGGCCCCUCACCCUCCCGUGGAAGCCCCCCUCCCCAGGUGCCGUGGGCGGGCAGGCAUGCAAGCCAGAGUCCUCGUCCAAACACUCUGAGGAGAACAUCACCACCGACAAGAAGGACUCUGAACCCGGGGGGAGGGGAGGGGCUGCACGGUUCCCCGGGAAACCGUCGGAAGACGUCAUCAUCGAUCUGGAUGCCGGUUCGGGGCGCCAAGAAGCCUUCGCCUGGCUUUCCCUUGGAGAAGACCACUGUCGAUCCAGAUGA